AUGCCCUCUUUGUCCGCCCUUCUCGGGGUUGGCGCUGCCACUCUUUUUUCCGUCGCUUCUGCUACCAAGUACACUCCCGCGGAUACCUAUUCCGGAUCUUCGUUCUUCGACAACUUCAACUUCGUCACUGAAGAGAAAACCAACGGCUUCGUCAAGUAUGUCGACCGCACCACCGCGCAGAACAAGGGCUACAUCGGCUACGAUGGAGGUGAUGCUGUCUUCGGUGUUGACUACAAAUCCAAGCUGAACAGUGCGGCCGGUGGCGACUUUGGUCGUGAGAGUGUCCGUCUUGAAGGCAAGAAGGAGUACAACAAGGGCCUCUUCGUCCUCGACCUCAAGCACAUGCCUGGAGGUAUCUGCGGUACCUGGCCUGCCUUUUGGUCCCUUGGUCGCGAGCCAUGGCCCGUCAAGGGAGAGAUCGAUAUUAUCGAGGGUGUCAACCAGAACACGAACAACAACUUCGUCCUCCACACCGACACCAAAUGCAAGGUCAACGGCCUGGGACAGACUGGCACCCAGGCCCUGACCGACUGCGCUCUCGACGGUCCGUCAAAGUCCACGGGCUGCGGCGUGACCGAUGCCCGGGGUAGCUCUUUCGGCAAAGACUUCAACGCCGCCCAAGGUGGUUACUACGUUACCGAGUGGCAGGCUGAGGGCAUCAAGAUCUGGUUCUUUCCUCGUGGCAGCCAGCCCCGCAGCCUUCUCUCGGACGAGCCUGACACGACCACCUUCGGGACACCUGCUGCCAGCUUCCAGGGCGACUGCGACAUCGAGAAGCGCUUCAUGGACCAGCGCUUUAUCUUCACCAACACCUUCUGCGGCGACUGGGGAGGCAAUGUCUACGCUCAGUCCGGCUGCCCCAUGUAUCAAGGCUUGGAUGGAAUGGGUUCUUGCAAGAAGUAUGUCGCUGAGAACCCUGAGGUCUUCAAGGACGCGUACUGGCGUGUUAGCUCGUUCAAGACAUACAACAAGCGCGCUAUCACAAGCUCCUCGUCGGUGGCUCCCAGCAGCACUUCUCACGCUUCGUCCAGCUCUGUCCAGGUUUCGCCCAGCUCUGUCCAGGUUUCGCCCAGCUCUGUCCAGGUUUCGCCCAGCUCUGUCCAGGUUUCGAGCAGCUCUGCCUACGUCUCGAGUAGCUCUGCCCACGUCUCGAGUAGCUCUGUUCAUGUCUCCAGCUCCUCAACUCACGUCUCAUCCUCCUUGGUAGCGCACAGUAGCUCUGCUCUUUCCAGCUCCACUGCUCACUCUUCUUCGGCCACUUCCACACCCUACGUCCCAAACUCUGUCUACCCCUCCUCGACUCCGGUUGCUUCUUCAUCGUACUCUGCCGACGUUAGCAGCGCCAUCUCUAGCAGCGCCGCGCACGACUACUCCUCGACCGUCUCCAGCACAGCAUCUUCGACUCCCUAUGACCACGUCAGCAGCUCUUCAGCCGCCCAUGACUACUCGUCUGGCAUUAGCUCGUCUGUCUCGGAGGCAUCUUACGCCUCUGCUUCGGACUCUGCCUCGGAGACGCCCUACUCGCACGAUAUCUCUUCAACUAUCUCCAGCGCAUCCGCGUCGGAAACUCCUUACGUACGCGACAGCUCCAGCAUCUACGCAUCUGCCAGCUCCUCGUACGUCGUUCCUUCCGAUGUCUUCAGCGUCUACCCAUCCGAGACCCCAUACAGCAGCUCGUCGACCGCCUACUCUUCCGAGACUCCUUACUCAUCUACAUCCUCAAGCUCCGCUUAUCCUGAUGUCUCGUCCCAUCCCGCCGAUAGCGAGUCCACUAGCAGCACUCCUGUCUAUUCCACUUCUGCUCCUGACUAUUCUGUCUACCCUGAAGGCGAUGGCUACAAUUAUGGCGACAAGUCUUCGAAGACUCCGGAUCCAUUCCCUACGACCUCCGAGUACUCUACCAUCUCCGCUAAGGUCAACCAGUACGAUUCUUACCCAACUGCCUCCACCAAGUCUGUACAGUAUGACAACUAUCUCGUAGCUUCGUCAAGCGCUCCUGUGUAUGGACACAACCAGCCGAAGCCCAGUGUGAAGUCCACACCUGUCUACAGCGACUACCCAGGACUUCCUAGUUUCACACCGCUCUACAGCACCUAUCCUGAAAUUUCAAGCAAGCCCUCGUACGAUGAUGACAAGAAAUCGACCGAUUCUUACACGACCACCGCCUACCAGACAACUUACGUCGAUGUCUGCCCGACGGGUUACACAACUAUCACCACCAAGGUCACUGCCAUCCAGACUUCCGCUCCUUAUCCGACAACCAACGCAUACUAUGCUCCUCCGGGCUUCGAGGUCACGACCAAGUACUGCGCUCAAGGCUGCGGCGAGGGCCCCAAAACUGUCACCGUGACCAUUCCGUGCACGAAGUGCCAGGCCACCGGCGUGCCUAACAAGCCCGCCUCUUCCGCCCCCAGUGUUCCUUCAAAGCCAACAGAUACCCCUAACAAGCCCACCAGCAACACGCCCUACACUCCUGCUCAGCCCAGCAAACCUUCCACACCCGAGGACUCCACGUCCAAGGUCACAUCCACCAAGAUCAUCACUCUGACCAAGAUCCCCGUCCCCGAGAGCCAGUACUACGCUACGAAUCCCAGCGUCGCCUCCCCGUCUGCCAGCAUGAUCAAGUAUCCCGACUCCGACUCGGAUAAGAGCUACGCGGACAAGCCCGUUGCUCCUUCCAGCGCAGUCCACGUCGGCGGCGACAAGCCCGUCUACCCUACUGUUGUCGGGCACCCAGGCUCGAACGUCACUAUCAGCUACGGCACUGCUACAUCUAUCAAGGGCGACAAGCCGACACAGACUGGGUACAAGAUUCCUGAAUUCACUGGCGCGGCGAGUGCAGUGCAGGUUGGCGGUGUCGUUGCGGGCGCUAUCGCUGCUUUUGCUGCAUUGCUGAUGUAG